CCUCAACAAUAUCAAUCAGAUUUCCUUCCCUUCCCGUUCUCAAAAACGUGUUCAUUUUUAAUAUUUCUCUUCUGAAAUUAUAUUUAUAAUUAAUUAUAUUUAUAAUUUCAAUCAUUUUAGCAGCUAUUUGCUAAGUUUAUAUUAAACUUGUUAUAUUAAUUCAAUAAUUCAUAAUGUCCGACAUUGAAGAAGCCGUAGAAGUUGGUGAACACGGAGACAUGUACAACCUUCUAAAAGAAGUGUUGAAAAAUGCUCAAGUAAAUGGUAGUCUUUUGCACGGUAUUCAUGAAGGCGCCAAAGCUCUUGAGAAAAAACUCGGUGAGUAUUUCAAAAACAUAUUUUAUUGUAAUUGUACGAUGUCAAAUUACGAUUUUAUGCACAGGUGUAUUAUGUGUAUUGGCCAACAACUGCGAAGAAGCUAUGUACAAGAAAUUAGUCACUGGAUUAUGUGCAGAGAGCAGUAUUCCUCUGAUCGAGGUUGACAGCAACAAAACAUUGGGUGAAUGGAGUGGUCUAUGUAAAUAUGACAAUAAUGGUCAAGCAAGAAAAGUUGUUGGAUGUUCAUGUGUAGUUGUCAAACAUUUUGGUGAUGACACUCAAGAAUUAGACACUUUGUUAGAGAUUUUGAAGAAAAAGAAUUUUGCGUAGACUAAUAAACACCAAAUUUUUUAAAUUUAAACAUUUUAAAUGUGUUUUUCUUUUCGUUUAUU